GCGCCCCGCCCAUCGAUGCCCCGCCCACGCCGCGCCGGUAGCUGCGCGGGUCGGAGCGCCCGGCCGGGAUCCCAGAGCCCGCGCACUGCGCCGGCGGCAAUGAAGAUCUGGAGCUCGGAGCACGUGUUCGGCCACCCGUGGGACACGGUCAUCCAGGCGGCCAUGCGCAAGUACCCGAACCCGAUGAACCCGAGCGUGCUGGGCGUGGACGUGCUGCAGCGCCGCGUGGACGGCCGCGGCCGCCUGCACAGCCUGCGCCUGCUCAGCACCGAGUGGGGGCUGCCCGGCCUCGUGAGAGCGAUUUUGGGAACCAGUAGGACUUUGACAUACAUCCAAGAACAUUCUGUGGUGGAUCCAGUGGAAAAGAAAAUGGAACUUUGUUCCACCAAUAUCACACUCACAAAUUUGGUGUCAGUUAAUGAGAGGUUGGUGUACACACCUCAUCCAGAGAACCCAGAAAUGACCGUGCUCACACAAGAAGCCAUCAUUACCGUGAAGGGGAUUAGCCUCGGUAGUUAUUUGGAAAGUUUAAUGGCCAACACGAUAUCAUCCAAUGCAAAGAAGGGGUGGGCGGCUAUCGAGUGGAUAAUCGAACACUCUGAAAGUGCUGUGAGCUAAGGAGGCCUGCGCCCGUGCUUGUGAUAAAUGGUGAUGCUUCCCAGAAGAAAGGAAAGAAGCAGGUGAGGAGGUGACGUGAGGACGAGCAAGGACCGGACGGAAGAGCGCGUCUGGCUGCGAGGGCGCGCAGGGCCGGAGAGGAGGAUCGGGCUGGACUCAUCGCGGGUCGCAGGUGACCCCGGGACUGGACGUCCCUCCCCUCAUGAGCGUGCAACAGGGAGCAGCCCCAGCCAGCCCCGCCGCCGCCGUCUGCGUGGAUGGAGGGCGCGAGGCCUUCGCCCAUGUCCCUUGGGGUGGCGCCCAUCACCUUGCCUGCCAUGGUGGCCCAGGCCCUUCUCUCCCUGCAGGUGGCCCGUGCCGCCCCCGCCCGCCCGCGCUGUCCUCCACUCAGGCCCGUCCACAGACGCUGGGGGGUGUGCCGCCCUCCGGCCUUUCCCCGACCCCCGCCUUUG